AUGACGAGGGGUGGCCGUGCCCACCAGGCCUUUGUGACCCGCGCUGGCAUCAUGCCCGGAGGCCAUUGUGACACAGGCCCGUGCGGUGACCCGGAGGGCUCUUGUGGGGCCAAACCCCUGGCAUUGCCACUCCCAGGAGAGCAGCUCUCUGAGGAGGCAGCAGCUCUCUCUCUCACGAGGCAGCAGCUCCUCAAGAGGAAGCAGCUUUCUUGGGUGCCUUUGGCCAGUGUUCGUCAGAGCACCGCCAAAAUGUCAAAGAGACAGGAGGCGAACGCCCACUGCCAGUCCCGUGAGGGGCAGCCGCUGCUGUCCAAGCGGCAACAGGUGGCCCAGAGGCUGCCGCAGGCAGCAGCGGAUGUCACAUUGGUGACCAUCAUGCCCCUCCACGGGGACAGACUGGCUCCCAGACAGGGCACCUCACGGACACCAACAGGACAGAGAACAAAGGAGGCCAGCCUGGAGAGGGGGCAUUCUCUGCCCCACAGUGGCACCGUCACACGGACACAAAUAUUGUCCGUGUCAGACUUGCCGCCUCUCCACGGCCCUCCACUGACAGUGACACCUCCAUGCUGGUUCAGGCCUGAAAUGCCAAAAUCAGCCUCAACAAGGGUCAAGCUGCCCCCUCUGCCAGCAGCCCCAGCAGCCUCGGCGUCUUCUCCCAAAUGCAGAGCACGGUCUGCAGACCCUGUCAGCAGCCGCAGCCGAGAGCUUGUGACACCUUCUCCAUGGGGCUCUCUGGCUGCUGACAGGGCCCAGGUAACACCUUCCCCGCCCAGCUCAGCUGAACGGCUCUGGCAAGGGUCAGUGGCAGGGCAGGGCCAUCGCCUGCCCCCCCUGCGAGGUGCAGGUGUUGUGCCGCUGCACACAGGGACCCAGCCUGCCUGGGAGCACCUGGGGCACAGCGAGACGGAGGAGCUCUCUGAGGUGCAGGGAGAGCACGGUGGCAAAACAUCCAGAGACCUGCUUAGAGGCCGUGCCCCGUGCCUGUGUGAAGAUACAUCCAUCAAGUCCACUGGCACCCAGAAGCACUCAUGUGUCUGCCAGGAGACGGAUUCAAAGGCCCAGGUGCUCCCCAGCACUCCUGGCUUGACCGAAGGCUCCACAGGAGAGACAGAAAACUCCUCUGAGCUCCUGUCUCCUGGCCUGAUUGCAGAGCUGUGCUCCGCCUCAGACAAGGUGUGGGCCGUGAACAUAUUGCUAAACGAGCCAGAGGAGAAGUAUGAGAAGGAAGAGUCUGCAGACUCAGAGGCCGCAGGAGACGGGGACAGGGACUCCCAGAGCGUCUCUUGCCCCAUUUGAAUUGGAAAAGGCAGAGACAGGUGGUUUUGCCCUGGCCGGAGAUCCCUGGGAGGAGGGGCCCAGUGAGCUUUUCCCCAUCACAGAGCCCGAGGAAACCUUAGGCUUCUCAGCUUUGUCUUCAUCUGGAGACCCCUCUGAUGAGAAGGGAACUCAUCGGCCAGCAGAGCAAAGCGCCCAGGGCAAACUGCCGUGCACGGAGACUGAGGAGGCUUCAAAGCACCUUCUGCAUAUCACAGCAGAGGAGCUGGAGGAGUUGGAGGAAGACAUCCUCUCCUCAGUGGAUCAAGAAAGCCCCUUGGUGCCGCACAGCAUUUGCAGCUGGAGCAAAGACUGUGCAGGAGAGACUGAACACCACUCACAGCUCGUGCCUCCUGACCUGUUUGAAGAGCUGUGGUCUCUCUUUAACAACAAGGACGUGCCAUGCUGGGACACUCGUGUAGACCAGUUACUGGAAAAGUGGGAGGAAGAAGAGCUCCCUGACAGAGACACAGCAGGAGAGGGGGACAGUGAGCCAGAGAGUGAACUGUGUCUCCCCCUGCACGAUGAAGAAGCGGAGCCAGCAGGUUCUCCUCUGGUCAGUGAUCCCUGUGAUGAGGGGCACAGCAAGGCUCUCCUCAGGGCACCACCCGAAGAGGCAAAGGCGUCGGCUUGUGUCUCGACUGCAAAUCCCAUGGAGGAAGCCAAUGCAGCAUGCAUGGAAGCUAUCUGUUCUCAGGCCAGCCUUGCCCAGGAAAAUCCCUGUGGGGCUGAGGCAAUGCCAAGAGCUUGCCCUGUGCCUGCCCAGCCCCCGACAUGCAGUGUUCCUUCGUCCCCCACUGACAGGCCCACUGUCCCACAGCCCCCGGCCCCACGGCGAUGGCGCUCCAUCGUCAGGGGGGCCCGGCGGGCACUGAGGCGGCUUUUCUCCUUCAGCUGCCUCAGGGGACAACCAGAGGAGUGAGCCCGGCUGCUGGCACCAGGCAGAUCUCAAGAGAUGGCCGCAAACCCUCAGGCCAGGCAGCUCCCAGAGGCAAAGGCACUGGAGGCUCGUAGUGGAUUCACUAAUGGAUGGAUGGUGCCCAGGGCUACCAGGUGCCAAAGGUAGGUCCUGCUGCUGACCCCAGCCCCUCACCCAAAGCCAAGAGCAAGGCAGCCUGGUUGAGGAGAGCCAGCAGAAGAAGGAUGACAGCGCUGCCUUGUAGAAUCCCGCAGGGCUGACUUUAGACCCAGACUGCAGUGGGUGAGUGCAUCCCCACCGUGCCCCAGGCUUCAUUAGGAGUUGAGAAAUGCUCCUGGGACCUCAGCAUUGCAGGCAAAGGAAGGAACACCCAUUCUGCUUUCAUAUGGCAAAUAGGAAAAUGCCUCCCUGGAUCCCUAAAGCAUGGACUGGAGAAAGGUGUUAACCCAGAAGAGUGAUCCAAGGCCCCCACGUCCACCUUCAUAGGAACCUUUGGACCCACUACCAGUGAAGAGUGCAGGGUGAGGAAAGACUGAUGGGACAUUGGUGGUGCCAAUGUCUCUUUACUGCUUGAUAUCUCCAUCCCUGCCCUCUCCUUUUCCCUGUUCGUUUCUCCUCUCUCCUUCCCUUCCUUUAAUUUUCUAUUCCUCUUUUAUCUCUCUACUUUGCAUUUAUUGUUAAAUAAAAUCUCUGCUGCUGACUUUGGU